UCAUCACAUACACAAAGUAUGUGUUCAUUUCAUUUCACUUAAAUUUGUACACAAUUAUUUUAUAACAAGGUACACAGUGCUUGAUUUAUAUUCAUUGCAACUACUACUCAUUUUGAUUCUGUUUCACAUUAAAAACAAUGACAAUGAUAAUUAAAAUAUUAAUUACUCUGAUUAUUAUAUCAUUUAUUUUAAUAUGCGCAAUACAUCCAUUUAUUUGGUUCGUUGUAAAUCAACAAUUACGUUUAGUACCAGGUAGUAAAUUUUAUGCAAAUUGGUUAAAACCAUCCAUUCCAAUUAGGAUACAAUUUUAUUUUUUCAAUUUAACUAAUCCAAAACAAUUUCAACAUGGCGCCCGACCAAUUUUAAAACAAUUAGGACCAUAUACUUAUCGUGAACAACGUUUUAAAUUCAAUGUUCAACAUUGUCCAACUAAUGGAGGAAGUAUAGAAUAUCAAGAAAUUAAACAAUAUUAUUUUGAUCGCGAUUUAUCUAUUGGCAAUGAAAUGGAUACUGUAACAAAUAUCAAUUUAGGAUUUAUAGGUAUAGCUGCCAAAUUAACAAAUUUACCAUUCACAAUUAAUUGGUUAAUUGAAUUAUUUGAAAAACAACAUGGCUACCUAUUGUUUCAAACAAAAACUAUAAAACAAUUAUUAUGGGGUUAUCAGGAUGAAUUUUUAACUUUACUGUCAGAUUAUGGUAUUCAAGUACCAAUGAAAGAAAUUGGUUUAUUGAUACAUCGUAAUAAUACACCAAGUGAACGUAUAUUGAUUGAUGAUGGUUUAAAAAAUGCGGCGGAAAAUUUUGGCAGAAUUUUAAAAUUCAAUAAUCAAACUAGUUUAAAUUAUUGGACAACAUUAACAGCAAAUAUGAUUAAUGGUACUGAUGGUACAUUAUAUCAGAAAUUUUUAAAUAAAGCACAUAAACCAUAUGUAUUUGCUUAUGAUUUAUGUCGUUCAAUACAAUUGAAUUGGUAUUCAACAAGUGAAUUGUAUAAUCUGUCAGUUUAUAAAUAUAUUUUAUCCGAGAAUACAUUUAAAUCUACAGAGAAUAAAGGAUUUUGUUUAAAUUGGUCAGAUUGUUUUAAAGAUGGUGUGCUGGAUAUGUCAUCAUGUCAAUCGAAUGCCCCAGUGGUUGUAUCACAACCACAUUUUAUAAAUGCUGAUAAAUCAUAUCAAAAUGCCGUUGAAGGUAUACAACCAAAUAAUGAAGAAUUUAAUACAACAAUUUAUAUUGAACCAAUUACUGGUCUUAUAAUUAAAGCACAUAGUAAAUUUCAAGUGAAUAUUGUCAUCAGAAAUAAUCCAAAAAUUCAACAACUUUCACAAAUUUCCAAUGUAUUAUUACCUUUAGUUUAUUUUAAUGAAUCAGCUCAAUUAAAUCAAACAUUAAUUCAUCAAUUACAAAUGGUACUUAUUCAAAUUCCAACGAUUAUUCAAUCUAUUUUAUUAGUCAUCAUUGUGUUCAAUGUUCUAGUGUUAUGUUCAAUGAUGUUUAAAUCAUUUCUACAAAAUCGGCGUGAUUUAAAUUUACAAAGAAUAAAUGAAGAAAAACAACCAUUAUUAAAGAAAGAAUCAAGAAGAAAUUAAUUUUACAUGUUUCUCAUGUAAAUAAAUAUACAACAUGUAUGACGCCGAUAAAAUUUAAAAGUUUAUUUGCGGGUAAUUUAAACAAACCAACAUUUCAAUAAAAAAACGGACAUAUUUCAUUGGAUAACAUUUUUUUUCUGAUAAAUUGAACUUAUUGUUGUUGUACUAUUUUGCUUAUUUUCAAUAUUUCUUAGCAUAAAACUAAUCAAUAAAUCGAAUAUUUUGAAUGAAAUUAUUUUUAUCGAUGAUUGUAUUCAACAUGAAUUGAUUUCAGUUGAUGUGUUAUUUAAAAAAUAGAGAGUAAUGGACAAAUAUUUUGUUUUAUUCUAGAAAAUCUGAGUUAUAAGGAGUGACGACUCAUCUAGGCGUUAAACUCAAAACCUUCAAUGUUGAAGGCAAGAUUUCAAAAUUUAGUUAGUUAGUUGUAUAGCCUAACAGUUUUCCAGUCCACCAAUAGAGUUGGACUCUU